AUGGAUGGCCCCGACUACGAAAACUUGAUAAUCAAGUCCGGAGAAGACGAAGGGCCUCAAAAAGCAGCUGAAGAUAAACAGAGGCCUGACGAUGAUAAGAACAAAGCCUUCCCAGGACCUGUUCCUGCCAAUCCAGGGCCUCCAACAGAACAGACCACAUUUCAUUCUUUAACGGCGAAUGUGGCAGAACAGGGUCCUAAAUCAAGCUCCAGGAUUAUUCCUUCGAUCAAGGACGGACCUUAUGAAGGCGGAAGUGUAAGUCUUUUAUAACUCUUCCAUUAUCACGGGUAGUGUAAUCAUUAAAAUUUUUAUAUUAUUAUAGACCCCAAAAGUGCUUGUUUGGAGAAAUUUGAAGGUCUCGGUUCCUCAACAAACUGGUCGUCUCUUCAAAAGAUCCUCAAAUUACCGUCAAGUCCUUGAUAAUGGCAAGUGCAAUAUAUACUCCCCGCCAAAAGUUUUGACCCCCCUUCUAACUCGGCCCAAAGUGUACCAAUUUGGACCAAAUUUGAUACGUAGUUUACUGACAACCUAGUUGUAAAAAAUAUCAUAGCAGGACAAACCAUUUAGCUGUACUUCAAAAUCCAGGGAGAAUUUUCAAAAAUCACCUCAAAAAAACGGGACAAAAGUUUUGACCCCCCUGCAAAAAAAUUAAAUAUCGCCAGCGGAUGUAACCAGAACCUUUUACAAUCGAUGCCCCAUACCUGAAUACAGAUUAAUAAAUGCUUUUUCGUUGAAUUCUUCGUUGCAUUUGAGGAUGCAACGCGUUAAACUGAUUUUGAUGUAGAGCUGCCCAAAAUGGUAAAAAUCUUGUACUGGCGCUUUCCAAAAGUUUCAAAUUAUGUUCACAUCAUGUGAUUUUGACGUGUUAUAACCUGCAUUAAUCUUUUCCUUUCGAAAAAAGUCCAUGAUGGCCUAGCGGUAUCGAUUCGGCCGAUUUCCAGUUGUCAUGGUCAUCCUUGGUGAGCCAUUUGCUCUUUGACUAAAGGUCUAGAUGGGGUCGCUAGGUCCUCAAUCUAAUCCUGAGACUCCUAUUUACUCUCAGCAUGCACAAAGGUUUCGAUUUGACACAUUUUGGAAUGGGUUUCAUUCACCUUAAUCUUAAGUUUGCCGUUACUGUAGAUACCCCCGAGUACGAUGCCAUCCCCACCGCCCAUUUGGCGUUCCAUACGUCUCGAAUGAGUAUGGCGGGUGCUGUAGCGUCCUAAAUUACCUGGCACAUCAAGUAAAAACCGUUUUUGGUCGCAAAAAAUCCAUUUGAAAAAAGCGGGUUUUUCUUUAAGGUGCAGAUCGGUAAAGUUGCAUCUACAAACCAUUUGGGAUCGUGUCAGCGGGGGUUUAUUCUUGUUUUGAGAGUAGACACAAGUCUCAGGAUUAGAUUGAGGACCUAGCGACCCCAUCUAGACCUUUAGUCAAAGAGCAAAUGGCUCACCAAGGCUGACCAUGACAACUGGAUAUCGGCCGAAUCGAUACCGCUAGGCCAUCAUGGACUUUUUUCGGAAGGAAAAGAUUAAUGCAGGUUAUAACACGUCAAAAUCACGUGAUGUGAACAUAAUUUGAAACUUUUGGAAAGCGCCAGUACAAGAUUUUUACCAUUUUUGGCAGCUCUACAUCAAAAUCAGUUUAACGCGUUGCAUCCUCAAAUGCAACGAAGCAUUCAACGAAAAAGCAUUUAUUAAUCUGUAUUCAGGUAUGGGGCAUCGAUUGUAAAAGGUUCUGGUUACAUCCGCUGGCGAUAUUUAAUUUUUUUGCAGGGGGGUCAAAACUUUUGUCCCGUUUUUUUGAGGUGAUUUUUGAAAAUUCUCCCUGGAUUUUGAAGUACAGCUAAAUGGUUUGUCCUGCUAUGAUAUUUUUUACAACUAGGUUGUCAGAAAACUACGUAUCAAAUUUGGUCCAAAUUGGUACACUUUGGGCCGAGUUAGAAGGGGGGUCAAAACUUUUGGCGGGGAGUAUAUUUUUUUACCGUAAUCCCUUUAUCGCGUAAUAUUAUGCAAUUGUUUCAGUUUCCGGAGUGGCUGAACCAGGUGAGAUCUUGGCGAUAAUGGGUGCCAGUGGAGCCGGCAAGACCACUCUUCUUAAUGUGUUGACUCAACAAAACCUAAGUAACCUUCAAUUAACUGGAGAAGUGGAAAUAAAUGGAGAAGGGGUCUCUAAAUAUGACUUGAAAAGAAUGAGUGCCUAUGUACAACAACAUGACCUGUUUGUGGGGAAUCUGACUGUCAAAGAACAUUUAAUUUUCUCGGCCAAAUUGAGGAUGGGAUCCAAGUAUUCGAAUGAACAAAAGAUGCGGAGAGUCGAGGAACUCAUCGAGAAAGUAAGAUUAAUGUUUCAUCUCUAAAGUUUAGGUCAUUUACAUGCAAUGGCACCCAAUGACGUGUAUGUAAUCCAUUCGGAUAACGUUGAUAUUGUUUUAGAUGGGUCUCACCAACUGCAAGGACGCGCUGAUUGGUCAGCGGUUCCAGAAAUCAAUAUCAUUGGGGGAGAAAAAGCGUCUUGCCUUUGCCUCCGAAUUAAUAACAGACCCGGCCAUUAUGUUCUGCGAUGAGCCCACCUCCGGAUUGGACGCUUUCAUGGCCAAACAGGUGAUCCUGGCUUUAAAAAAGAUGGCUGAUGAAGGGAAAACUAUUGUCAUUACUAUCCACCAACCGUCCAGUCAGAUCUUUGAGCUCUUCCAUAAGUAGGAUCGGAAACGAAGGCUCCGGUUUAAUGUCAAAAAAUUUCAGGGUGUGUUUCAUGGGAAUGGGCAAGGUUAUCUACUUUGGACCCUCAACAAAGGUCACGAAAUUCUUUACCAAUAUUGGAUACCCGAUGGCUGAUUACACUAAUCCCGCAGAACAUGCAAUCCAAUGUUUGGCCAUAAAAGAAGGAGAAGAGAAGGAACGGUGUGUGAAAAGAGUCGAGGAAGUGGCGAAGGCUUAUGAGCAGUCAUCCUUGGCUGAGAAAUAUCGAGACAGAAUCAAUGGCCCGGUUUCCGAGAGAAGAGUCAAGCUGGGGAAUCAUGAUGUGAGAAGUAAACCGAGGUAAGGGCAUUUGUAGUCGUCGAAAGAAGUCUUAAAUAAGCUGAAGUGUUUCAUCAUGCUAUAACGACGUUUAAUUUUAGUUACGCCGCUCCCUGGUACAUCCAGUUGAUUUGUUUGGUCAAGAGGGCCGGUCUUUGUCUCCUUCGGGAUCCAUUUAUCCUCAAACUUCGACUAGUCCAAACCGCGGUAAGUUGAUGACUUUGAUCUUGUGAUUUGUGUUUAAGAUGACGGCCAUUAUCGUGGGGAUUGUCUACUUCCGACCCGAGCUCAAAAAAGAGACUAUCCUAACAUACGAUGGGAUCAUGUUCAACAGUGUCAGAGAUAUGAAUUUCAUGUUUCUAUUCCCUUGUAUUUUGGUAGGUAAUGAUUUGAUUGUUGUCAUUCUCUCAGACGAGAGCCGUUGUUCGUAUGUUGUUAAAUAUUUUCUUUCAGGUUUUCACGGAGGAAUUGCCCAUCUUGAUGAGAGAAACGCACGCCUAUGUCUAUCGGAUUUCGAUUUAUUUCUUGGCCAAGAACAUCGCCGAACUCCCCCAAUAUCUUCUCCUUCCCCUCGUCUACUCCACGAUCGUCUACUUUAUGACUGGAGUCAUGCCCAUCACAGCCGAUAAACUCCUGAAUUUCUGCUUGAUCUGCAUCAUGAUGUGUAAUACGGCCACUUCAGUUGGCUACGCGGUCGCUUGUAUCUUGGGAACAUUGGAUGUGGCAGUACAACUCUUGCCCUUGUAUACUCUACCGCUGUUCAUAUUUGGAGGCCUUUUUGUUAACAUAGCGACGGUCCCGGGAUGGAUGAGCUGGCUCAGAUACAUCUCUUGGUAUAGAUAUGCUUUCGAGAGCUUUAUGAUCAACUUAUAUCACGACCAAGGAACAUUUCCGGGUAAGCAGAGACUUGAUUCUCAUGCUGAGGCAAUGAUUUGUUAGGUACAGACCAAAGAUCAUAUUAUCCAUGAAAUGUUAUCUGAUUUCAGGAUGUGAUAUCAAUGACAACGCCUCGACUACAUGCACAACCGGGACAAAUGGCACCUCCCACCUGGAAUACAAUGGAUUCCAGACGGAAGUGAGCGGGGUCUACUGGAAUGUUUCCAUAAUGUUAGGAAUGAUCUUGUUCUACCGGACGGUGGGAAUGAUCGCUUUGUAUAUCCGAUCUAAGUUCAACGAUACAUAA